AUGCAAAUCCCUCCACUUGCCGCCAGUCUUGCACUGCUCCGCCAGCCUGGUGAAGGCGUCGUGCAGUGUGGGCAGCACUGUGAGAAAGACCUUGGCGUACUUGUCGGCGUCAGCCUCCCGGCACUCCGCGCCCGAGUAGCGAGAGACGUACGCACCGCCGAACUCCCCGACGAAGGCACUGAGUCCCCUGCUCACGGAGUCCAGCGUGGGAGUGGAGGGCUUCUGGAAGCCCUGCGGCCUCAGCUGUGUGAGCGCGUCGGUGAGGUUGUGGAGCAGGCCUCGCAGCCUGUCGUCGAAGCCCUGCGUCACGCAGAGGUAAUUGAGCAGGGCGUUGACAUCGCUGUGCACGGCGUCCCACUCGGCGGCGUAGGGCUCUUCCGACUUCGGCAGUGA